GUAAUUAUAUCAUUGAUGUUUGUAAGUAAAGCUGAGACUGAAAAUCAGCAAUACCAGAGUCAAAUUAAAAGUUAAAAGUAUUAACCCUAUUUGCAAAACAAUCAAAUAUACAGCUUCAAAUCUAACAUGUAAAAUAUAACAAGUGUUAACUAAAACGAAUAUUUCUAAUAAACGUGUCUGAGACUGAGACCGUAAGUGUUGAUGGAGUUUUAUAAUAGUGCAGUCGUUACCGAGGAACGUUGCUGAGGUUUUGCACUGCCUCCGGCGUGCCGAGGGGAGGAGGUUCAGUCUUCAGUAUUUCAGCAGUCGGCAGUAACAGCUUGUCAUCAGUCUUCCAGGUGAACUGAGCAGAGCUUCAUCGCCGCACCCAAAAUGGAAACGCGCUACCUAGCCCUCCUCUGCCUGCUAGCAGCCACAGGAAGUUACGCACAGAAGGUGCUAGUCCCCAACAAACGAGUAACUGGAGUGGUAGGAGGCAGCGUGGUGCUUAAAGUAUCCGUUGAACCUCCAGAAACACAAAAGGCCGCAAUUAGCUGGGCAUUCAACAGCGGCUCUGGACUACAGGAUGUGAUUGGCUUUGCUGAUGAAAUUAAUGAAGGAGAUGAGUACCAAGGAAGAGUAAGUUUGAACAUUUCAACUGGCUCUCUAGAGCUGAGACAGCUGACACUGAACGAUUCUGGAUCUUACGACAUCACCAUUGUGACAAAAAAGGGCAUGACGCUGCCUGCAGAAAUUGAACUGAAGGUAUAUGAAGCAAUAAGUGAUGUCAGUGUUAAACCUACCACUGGAAUGCAGCCCAUAAUGAAUGAGAAUCUGACUCUAGUCUGUAAUGUGAAGGGGCCUGUAGACUUCAGACAAUGGCAGAAGAACAGCAGUCCCCUGAUCCCCACUGUCAAUGUUACCUUCUCCAGAGACAACAGCACAGUGUCCUUCUUCCCCUUGCAGCUGAGUGACCAAGGCAUCUAUGAGUGUACAGCAUUUAAUAUAGCGAGCAACCGAACUGCGGCAUACAAACUGUUGCCCAGCUAUGGACCAGAGAAGGCAGUUAUCACAGGACCUGAUGCAGUAAACGCAACUUCAUCUCUGAAAUUGACCUGCUUUGCCGUUUCUGUGCCUGAAUGCACAUACACCUGGCACUUCAAUGGCUUGGAAGUUUACAGAGGUUCAGAAUACAUAAUAAGUAGAGCAUCCUCUGCUCAUGGAGGCAACUACACCUGUGUUGCCCACAAUGGAGUGACUAUGAAGUCUGCAUCAGUGGUAAAACAGCUGACUGUGACAGGUGUGCAUGUUGAGAAAUCCGAUUCUCUGAAUAAUGGACAGAUUGCUGGGAUUGUGAUUGCCUCUGUGAUUGGUGCAGGACUUGUCACUGCUGCACUGUGUUUCGUCCUAAAGAAAAAAGGAACAAACGGAACCUACUAAGAAAGAUCUUGAGGGUAGCCUACAUUCUGACCAUCUUUUGGAUGCCUGCUCAUGAGUCCGCAUGGGAAUCCCUAACGCGACCUGCGUGUAACACAAGUAGAAAAGAUGUCCUUUGGAUCUAUGGGUAGCAUUGAAGGAAGAGUCACUCCAGGAAACUGACCUUCUGCAGUGUUGUCAAAGUAUGAUUUUAAGUGUAAAAGUAAACUUUUUGUCUUUAUGUUCUUUUUAAAAUACUAACGUCCAUCUGCAAAAUGUUCGAAACAAAACCAAAAAAGCAGGCAGCUAAAUUAACAGGUGUGCACAGGUGUUGUUAGUCAUUUAGCUAUAGAAUUUUUGAACGGAGUGUUUGGAUUCGAUCAAUGUUAGAGUACCUCCAGUCUGUCUGCUUGCAUUGGAAUCAACUGGAUUGUAUGUAGAUUGAAACUGCAACUGCCUUUCUAGAACACAAUACUCUUUGGUGUUUUUUAAAUGUAUUGCUUGAAGGAAAAUAUGUAUAGUACAUUGUGUAGUAUGUGGUUUAGACUUUCAUUUAAAGAUCAUUUUGGAUGUUUAACAGCACAUUUGAAAUUGGCCGAGAUUGACAAUGCACCCAUUAUGACAAACAAAUUGUCUUUUUGUGUGUAAGUUUUUUUUUUUUAAUUAAAACAAGCUGCAUUGAUUCAAUUAGAGUUGUUUAAAGUACUGCACCAAUGUAGUCAAUUCCAAAUUAUAUUAUAUUACUGUACAAAUAGGUUAGUUUCUGGUUUCAGAACUGUUUUAUAAAAAUCUUAAGUAAAAAACUGUGGACACUUUACCUGCUGUAUUUUGUAGGCAUUUACACCAGCUUGUUUUCUUAGUAUUCUCCAGUUCAUGCUUUUCUCAUCAGUUCUUGAGUUGUGAUGCAGCUUGGCUUGUCUCCAAGGUGACUUUACAUGUGUGUAGCCAAAGAGAUUCGAAAGAGAAAUGUCACUUUCAGAAAUACUACAGUGCUAAAGGUUCCUACAAUGUUCACAGUAUGUGUGUUGCAUUUUAUCUGUAUAGAAGAAAAUCUUGAACAUUUAAAAACAUACUGGUUUUUAUAUUCUUUACUAUUUUACUGUACAAAAAAUGCAAUGCACAAAGUAAAAUGUGUAUCAUAACCUUUAUUUUAGAGUCUUUACUGAGACUUUGAUGCAAGUGUUUUUUUCUUUUGUAAUAAUUAUGAAUCUGCUGUUAUUUAGCUUUUUAUCUCCUAUUUAGCAAUCUAAAACACUGUGAAUGUGUUCAGUUCUCAGGUUCAAGAAAUUAAUUUACUGGAAAAAUCACUACCUUAGAGGGAAAAAGUAAGCAGAACUUUUUGCUGGUGUUUAAAUCAAAUAUGACUCAUAAAAAGUCCUUCUAUAUUUUCGCAAAAAGAUGCAUUUAUACUAGAAAUUGUUGUAGUACAUUUUGUAGUCCUAAUCAUCUCCCGCAUUUGGUUACAAUCUUCUCUUCAGUCUCCUGUAAAGCACAUCCUAUAGCAUUUCAACUGAGCUUAAGGAUGAGUUAAGGGGUGAAAAACACGUUCUUUUCUUUCUGAUUGGGGUUUAGUACGGUUGUGUUUCAUGGUAGUGUUGUCGGCUGAGUUUCAUUUUCAUUCCAGUUUUCCUCUUACAAUAUUUUCCUUUGUAAAUGUGGUUUCAGACAUAUUGUGCAUAUUCUUCUUUACAGACAUGGGUGCUUAUUAUAGGUCACUCUUGUUUCAAGAAUGUCUGGAAGCUAUUCUGUACUGUGCUCCCCUUCCUGGAUUCUGCAGUACAGUAUGUACAAUUUAGAGGUGCCAACAUGAAUGUGGCAUGAUUAUGUAACAAAAUAAAACAUUUACACUUUACAAACAAUUUACACUAGAAGGAUGUGUUCAUGCACUGGAAGUGACUUGUAUUAGAUGUGACUAUCAAAUGACAAAAAUGAAACCAAGUGUACAAUAUUCAUAAAACAGGAUUAAAACAUUAUGUUCUUACUGA